CGGUGGCCGGAGGGAGUCUCUCGUCCCUGUUGUUGUGCCGCGUGGAGCUGUCCCGCGCAGGGUCUCCCAGUUGGUGCCUUUCAACUUCACCCCCCCUCCUGCCGUCCCCUGAGCCCACCUCCUCUGUUAUCCCCUCUUUGACUUCCCCCAGUCAACCUCCUGUUUCCCCCUUUGAAGAGGCUCUGCUUUGAUUUCCCCACUUUUUGACACUGGACAGACUAGGGGAAGGGAAGUCUCGGAGGUGUGUAUGGCGUAGUUUACAGGGGAACUGAUUCAGAGAGAGAAGGGGCUCAGGGGGCUUUGCUGCUGUCGAUCAGGAGUAGCUUUGUGGAAGAGCCCCCGCUGAAGUGCUCACCAGCCGGUCUCUCCCUGCCCGCUGGCCUCCCUGUCAUCUGUCCAUGUAGUGAGGCGAGAGAGAACCAGAGCAGGCUAGAGAAAGUUGCCUCAUCAGGAUUUGCUGCCUUGGGAUCGUGGGUAGUUAUUUUUGAGGGGGGUGUUUUUGGAGGUCAGGGGUGUUAAAGCUGCAGGUGGUGCUAGGGAGUUUGUUUUGCCAUGCAGCAAUCUUGGGAUCGGACGAGUCACGCUGAGAGUGUCAAGAAGGGCCCUACAAAAAUGCUGGGAAAAGGACAAAGUGGCGGAUAUCCACAUGAGACUACGGGUGAACUCUUGCAGAGCAUCGGUGCGGUACCCUUGGACAGCACUGACAAGAAAGGCCUCCAGGUGGGGGGCCAGUUGCCAGGCAGCGUGCAGGUGGGGCCCCAGCAGCAGAACCAGCAGCUCCUCCUGACUCCGGCCAGCCUCCAGCUUGCUCAGCUCCAGGCCCAGCUCACCCUCCAUCGCCUUAAGCUGGCCCAGGGGGCCAACGCAGCCACUGCCGCCACUGUCCUCAAUCAGGUCCUCUCCAAUGUCGCCAUGUCCCAACCCCUGUUCAAUCAGCUACGGACUCAAGCUAUGGUUGGUAAUCCACAGGGGACCUUCCCCACGGGGGUGCUAGGUUUUCCCACUUCAAAUCAAGCCUUGGGGGCCUUGGUGGGUGGGGGAUUCCACCAAAACCCAGAAAAUGUGAGACUGAACCAUCCCGGUGGAGGGGGCGCAGUGGGCCAACAUGGUGUGGAGUAUGGUAAAAAGCCAGGGUCAGCUUACCCUUCUGAUACGGACAGGCGUCUUCAGUACAACCUAGUCGGAGGGACGUCUACAGCAUCUACCGCUGCCGGUGAUGGACAGUACACAGUGACACACACUCAGGCCAAAAACAUGAACAAUGUUGGUUUCCAGAGAGAUUUCUAUGGGCAGGAUAUGCAGGGGCAACAAGCUGGAUUCAGUGGCAAUGAGCAGAACAGGCAUGUUUAUAACUCCACCGGCCAUAAGGAGCAGUGGAAAGCCCCCGCCAGCUUGAGCUUCACUGGAAAGGUGGACAUGGUUUCUAAUGCUGCUACCGUGUGGACAGCAGCCGGGCAGCCGAUUCGCUCCAGGACUGAGAUGUAUAACCCAGAGGAGCCGACCACUGACCCCAAGUUCAAUCACAGCAGUGGGGCUUCCUCCAUGGGUUCAAGUGGCACACAGGGAUUCGGGGGCUAUCAGACCCUGCAUGGGAAUGAAGAAACCCUGUCUUCAUGUACCAGGACACUUCAGCCCUACCAAGUCAAUGAUUACCAAGCGGUCCCGCCCACACAACUGCCCCACCAGUGCAGCAUCUGUGACAAGAAGGUUUACAACCUCAAGGACUGGGACCAGCACGUGAAGGGAAAAUUACACCUACAGAAUCGUACAUUGUACACAAAUGAAAGCUCCGCCGCGGUAUCAGCGGGAGCUGUUCACUACGCUGCCGGCAGGCCCUCUGAUGCAGGUCUGAACCCCGGAGCGACCAACUCCAUGGUCUACUCUGCUGCGAGUCAAGAUGUUUCCUCAGGAGCCAAUGCAUCAUACUUGCCAGCUGCAGCCAUGAAGACUUAUCCCAUGUCAGACACAGGCUUUGCCCCGCACCAGCCAGAGUCAAAGCCGUUUCCUCCCAGAAAAGCAACUGUGGGUCGAGUCGUUCACAUCUGCAACCUCCCUGAAGGCAGCUGCACGGAGAAUGAUGUCAUCAACCUCGGAAUACCAUUCGGCAAAGUCACCAACUACAUCCUCAUGCGCUCCACCCAUCAGGCAUUUCUGGAGAUGGCGUAUGUCGAAGCUGCUCAGGCCAUGGUUCAAUACUACCAACUUACUCCUGCAACGCUGAACAAUGAGAAACUUCUCAUACGAAUGUCCAAGAGGUACAAGGAGCUGCAACUCAAGAAACCAGGUAAAGAUGUUCAAUCAAUCAUCCAUGAUAUCACCUCUCAGAGGGAAAGGGAUGAGAUACAAGAGCAUGAACACAGCUACAUGCCAGAGAGACCACGCUCCCGUAGCCCCGUCAGCCGCUCUCUGAGCCCUCAUUCCCAUAGCCCCAGUUUUACAUCCUGCAGCUCGGCCCACAGCCCCCAGGGGGGAACAUGCAGGGGUCUGGAGAGAAGCAGCAAUGGCCUUGGCCCCUGCCGGGGCUCUUGGGAUUGGUCGUCACACUUGAGAAGGGGCGAGGAAGAAAGGGAGAGGGAUGAUCCCUGGAGGAAUGGCGGAAGCAUGGAUGACGAUCGGCCUAAUGGACGAUCAGCCGACCGUCGGAAGGCCUACCAGAAACCCUUGGAUCAUAUCAGCUCCAGACCUGCUGAUGAGCGAGGAGGAGGAGGAGGUGGUGAAGGGAUGAGGGCCAACAGAGACUGGCACCCACGAAGCAGCCCCAAAGGCGGGUCCUUCAACUCUUACAGGAACAUGGAGGACGACUUCUACAUGAAAGAACAAAUGUACAAGUCAGACAAGCCGCCCAGACCUCCAUACCAAAGGCACGAUACAAAGUCGAAGAGAAGGGGUGGUGGCGAUUACCGCGGUAGGUCGAGGCAUUCUGAGUUUGAGAUGAGCGAGGAGCCACUUUGCAGAUCAUCGGAGGAAAAGAGGAAGAGUUCACCAGACAGGGGCAGAAGCAAAAAGACAAGCAGGAGGCACACUCCAGAAAAACACGAGAGGGAAAAUACUACUGAAAACACUGAUCGCCAGUCAAAAGAAAAAUCUGUUUCACCUCAGCGAAGCAAUAAACCAAAAGAGGCUACUGAAUGUAGUAAGGAUAUGGAAGCGGAGAAGGAGUGGGAGAGUGGAGUCGAGUCUGAGGAGGAGUGUUGGUAUCCUAACAACAUGGAGGAACUGGUCACUGUUGAUGAAGUGGGAGGAGAAGAUGAUUCCAUUAUUGAGCCGGACCUUCCUGAGCUGGAGGAGUAUGCUUCCUGUCCCAAAGAGACUACGCAGGAAGAAGCGGUAGAGGAGAACACGUCACCACCUGCCUCUUCCUUAGAGGUGCCGGAGACUGACAAGAGGUCUGACGAGGAGCGGUCUCGCAAGGAUGCUGGAGACCAGGCGGAAACGCCUGUUGCCGAGAUAGCCGGGAGUGUUUUAGCUGCAACCAGUCCUGAAGAACCGAAACUCAGUCAAGUGGCUCCCGAGCUGCCAGUCGCCGACAUCAGCGACUUCCCCAGUGAGGAGUUCAAGGCUGCGCUGGAGGACACGUGUUUAGGGGAUAAAGUGAACAACAGUGGGCCCUUAGAAGAGCCGAUGGAAAAUCAUGUUACAGUAUUGGAGGACAGCAAGACCCAGGAUGAAGGACCGGUCACAGAAACAAUCACUAACGGGGCACAACUCAAAGAUGGCAUUGUCGAAAAAGAAAUUGAGGCCUCCUCGCCUUCUUCUGAGCAAGACAAGGCUAUCAGUGAACACAGCAUUCCUUUGGGAGUGGAGUUCGUUGUACCAAGGACCGGCUUCUACUGUAAACUGUGCAGCUUGUUCUAUACCAGCGAGGAGAAUGCAAAGACCACACACUGCCGCAGCACCGUACACUACAGGAACCUACAGAAAUAUCUAUCACAGCUGGCGGUGGAAAGUCUGUCGGACACACUUUCUGAAACCUCAGCUGCACAGUGACAUCAGCUUGACCUCUCACCUCUUGUAAAGUGAAGCGCAGAGGAAAGAUUUGUGUAUGUGUGUGUGCUGUAUGUGCCAGGCUAUGGCCAGCUACAGCAUGGAUAAUUUGACGCGGAAACUGAGGUAUGUGGACAAUUGCAUUGGUUUUGGUACGUUGGUGGGAGGGAUGCUUGGAUGUAUGGCAAUGACAAUACCAGUCAUGGAUGCUCUCGAUUUUGUACGUACCUAAAGUGUAAUGUAUAGUGAGGCUACUGUAUUUAAAUGCAUUUUGUUGUUGUUGUUUUUUUGGUUUAUCAAUUUUACUAUGCUUUAUUUUAUUGGGUUGUGUGUGAAUUAAUUUGUUAUUUUUUUGGAAUGAAAAUGGUUUUGCAAUGAUGUCCAACUGUUAGGUGAGAACACAAACUUGAGUUUAAAUCAAUUAUUCUCAUGAGGUUACCUUUAAUUUGGUGUGCACAUUGUCCUCGCAACAAGAUAACAUUUACAGCUGCAAAAUGACUUGACAUUUCUGUCAAGAAGCAUUUAUACUGCCAGGUAUUUAUAAAGCUGAGGCAGAUUCUCAGGUUUGUUGUAUUUGUUAAACAGAUUUUAAUGUAUAGCACGGUAAACAAGAUUUACAUUUUUAUUUAUAUCUGAGGCUUUAAAGGCUCUUACAGGUUGCACUGCAUUUUCGGUCAGGUAAAAAUGUAAAUAAUUUCGACUAAUAAUGAUGCAACUAUGCAAAAAUGAUCUUUAUUUCCUCUAAAUUUGAUGUUGACUUUAAACCAAGACAAUACAGACAUAUCGGAUGAACUUAAACUGGACCAUGUGUUUAAUUUACCAUAGUUAAACAUGCAAUGUUUCAUAUUACAGUAAUUUGUUUCAGAAGGAUUAUCAAGCCAGACUGUUUUUGUAUACUGUGAAUAAUGAUCCUGUGACAUCAGUGAAAGUUUUCUUUUCUUAUUAUUUUUAAUGUGAAAACCUUCAAUAAAUGUUUCAAAUAUU